CUUCAACUCCUCCUUCCUUACACGACUGAAGCGAGCGAAGAUGGCGGAGCAAAGCACGGUUCCUAGCGACCUGUACAAGCAUGUGUACUCGUUUCUUCUAGAGAACAAAUUCACCAAGGCAGCGCAGCUGUUCACAAAAAAGGCUAAAGUGGUGGCACUGGACCCGAAUGACCACAGUCUCACUGAAAUCUUCAAAUUCUGGGCGAAGUCCCCCGAGGCUAAGAAACGCAAGGCUCAGGCCAGUGGCACGUCAGCGGCCAGCGGGCCCUCUACUAAAAAAGCCAAGAAGGAUGCGGAGAGCUCAAGCAGCGAGGAGUCCAGCAGUGAAGAGGAGACCCCUCUCCCUACCAAGGCUGCUCCGGCAGCGGUUAAGGCUCCCGUCGUGGCUAAGACGGCCACACCCGCAGCUUCUUCCAGCAGCAGCGAUGAAGACUCGAGCGAGGAUGAGGAGGAGACCAAGGCCCCAGUGAAGAAGCCCGCUGUGAAGCCCACAGUGAAGCCCGCUGCCGCGGCCAGGAAGAAGGACACCAGCUCCAGCAGUGAGGACUCCGAUUCUGAGGAGGAGCCAGCUGCCAAAUCUCCUGCUGCAGGUCUGAAGGCGGCCCCGAAAGCCCCCCCAAAGGCCCCCCCGAAAGCCCCCGCCGCCCAGAAGAAGCCGGAGAGCAGCAGUGACAGCGACAGUUCCAGUGACUCAGAGGAGGAGGAGCCAGCCAAGAAGCCUGUUAAAGCCCCCGCCCCAGCAAAGGUCCCCGUAGCCUCGACCAAGACACCCCCCGCCAAAAAAGCCGCCGCAGAAUCCAGCAGUGAAGAAGACUCGUCCUCUGAGGAAGAGGAGGAAGCCCCUCCCAGCAAGAAACCCAAACCAGGUUCUUAUAGUGCUGUUCCACCACCGGCAGUGCAGGCCACUCCCACGCCAGCAGGUGGCAGCAAAUCAGAAUCCAGCGACUCUUCAGACAGCAGUGAAGAGGAGGAAGAGAAGAAAGUGGCAGCUCCAGUCAAAGCUGCCGCAGCAAAGCCGGUCGUCUCCAAACCUGUGGCCAAGAAGGCUGAGUCCAGUUCUGACAGCUCCGACUCCAGCUCGGAGGAAGAGGAGGAACCAGCGCCGAAGGCCACCGUGGUCGUGAAGAAGACGCCCCCUGCCAAGACUGCACCCGCCAAGAAGAAGGACUCUUCCUCUAGCUCAGAGACUGAUAGCUCAGAGGAUGAGGCCCCGGCUAAGCCUGCCCCUAAAGCCGUCGUCUCCAAGCCUCCCCCAGCCAAGGCUGCGUCCAGCAGCUCGGAGUCUUCCUCUGAGGAAGAGGAGGAGCCUCCCAAAAAGAAGGCCGCCCCAGCCAAACCUGUGGCCCCCGCAGCCAAGGCUGCCGCUAAACCCGCCACGGCUAAACCCGCCACGGCUAAACCCGCCACGGCUAAGCCCGCUACGGCUAAACCCGCCACGGCUAAACCCGCCGCCGCCGCGGAGAGCUCUGACUCGGACAGCGACAGCUCUGACUCUGAGGAUGAGGGUGCUGCGGAGGCCCCGUCUGCAGCCAAGAGCGCCCCCACACCCCCCGCCAAACCCACACCCCCCGCCAAACCCACACCGGCCGCUGAGUCCAGCAGCAGCGGCUCGGACAGUUCCAGUGAGGAGGAGGAGGAGGCUGCUACAGCAACCCCAAAACAGACUGCAGCAAAGGCUACACCCGCUAAAGCCACACCCGCUAAAGCCACUCCCGCUAAAACCCCACCCGCUAAGAAACAGGAGAGCAGUUCAGACUCUUCAGACAGUUCAGACUCUGAGACAGAGGCAAAGAAAACACCCGCCAAGCCUGCAGUCACCACUAAAACCCCACCCGCUAAAGCCACUCCCGCUAAAACCCCACCCGCUAAGAAACAGGAGAGCAGUUCAGACUCUUCUGACAGUUCAGACUCUGAGACGGAGGCAAAGAAAACACCCGCCAAGCCUGCAGUCACCACUAAAACCCCACCCGCUAAAGCCACUCCCGCUAAAACCCCACCCGCUAAGAAACAGGAGAGCAGUUCAGACUCUUCUGACAGUUCAGACUCUGAGACGGAGGCAAAGAAAACACCCGCCAAGCCUGCAGUCACCACUAAAACCCCACCCGCUAAAGCCACUCCCGCUAAAACCCCACCCGCUAAAGCCACUCCUGCUAAAACCCCACCUGCUAAGAAACAGGAGAGCAGUUCAGACUCUUCUGACAGUUCAGACUCUGAGACGGAGGCAAAGAAAACACCUGCCAAGCCUGCAGUUGCUGCAAAAACCCCACCCGCUAAAGCCACUCCCGCUAAAACCCCACCCGCUAAGAAACAGGAGAGCAGUUCAGACUCUUCUGACAGUUCAGACUCUGAGACGGAGGCAAAGAAAACACCCGCCAAGCCUGCAGUCACCACUAAAACCCCACCCGCUAAAGCCACUCCCGCUAAAACCCCACCCGCUAAAGCCACUCCCGCUAAAACCCCACCUGCUAAGAAACAGGAGAGCAGUUCAGACUCUUCAGACAGUUCAGACUCUGAGACGGAGGUAAAAACACCUGCCAAGCCUGCUGUCGCCAACGGUAAGGCCACGCCCAAAGCGGCUGCCUCAGCCCCCACAACGCCCGCGGCGAAGGAUGCGGCAUCUUCAUCCUCCAGCGACAGCAGCUCUGAGGAAGAGGAGGAAAGCCAGAAGGUGGUGAAGACGUCAACCCCCGCGGCCACCCCUGCUGCUGCGAAGACCACCCCAGCCAAGCAAGACGGCGGAUCCUCCGACAGCUCUUCGUCCGAGGAAGAGGAGGAAGCCAAGCCCGAACCUCCCAAGGCAGCCGCCACGCCCAUAACCAACGGCACAAACGGCAAGAGGAAACGAGACGCAGAGUCUUCGUCGGAAAGUGAAGAAGAGGAGGAGGAGAAGGCGGAAGAUAAAACGCCGAAAGGGAAGAAGGUUUCAGCGGUCACGCCGCACUCCUUCCCCAAGGCCAAGCAGAAGACCGCCAACGUUCCGUUCCGCAGAAUCAGGGACGAGGAAGUGGAAGUAGACCCCCGCCUGGCUGACAACUCCUUCGACGCCAAGAUGGGGGCUAACGGGGACUGGGGCCAGAGGGCCAACGACACGCUGCGCUUCACCAAGGGCAAGUCCUUCCGUCACGAGAAGACCAAGAAGAAGAGGGGCAGCUACAGGGGCGGGGCCAUCUCCACCGGCGUCAACUCCAUCAAAUUCGACAGUGACUGAAGGCCCACUGCACCCUGCCAUGCCCCCUGUAUCAUAUACCUCUUUCCCCCAGACUCUAGAGGGGCUCCCUUAGCCCCCUCAACCCCCAUCCCCCAACAUGACUUCUGUGAAACAUGGGGCACCCUGACGCUGAGCCAGAGCUGAUGUUUCAGUGUAGUUUUGAUGGUUAGUCAGUGGCUUUUUUUGUGAAGUGGACCGGGGAACUGCAGGGGACUCGCUGCAGCCUUCAGACCUGUCGUCUGGCUGCACUUACAGCCCGGAGCCAGGAGGUGGCGCCCUAGGAAGAGGACUCUUCUCACAGCUCCCACAUUGCUGUGUGGUUAACAGAAACGGUUCCGUUUUAUUUCCCUGUGAAGCCCAUGAGUUAAAAAAAAAAAAAACAGUUCCCUCUUCAGUUUUCUAGUGAUUAGUCUUUAUUUUCAGUGCUUAUGUAUAGCAUGCCCAAGGUCGUUUUUCACGUUUUAUUCUCGUUUAUUUAUGGAGUAAGGGAAAUGGGGCGUGACUGUGUAGAUUGCAGACGGGUUCAUUAGUGUCUUGGUAAGGAGCUUCUCACGGCUCAUUCCCCUAGCAGUGUCCUCGGUCUAAAACACUCUUUUACAUGUUUGUGUAUUUUAAACUAAUUUGGGUGCAGAGAACAUUAGUUUUGCUUUAAUCAGAAGCCAUAUUAUCUGUGAAUUACACCAGUGAUUGAUAGUGAAGUCACUCUGCGUUGGCUUGGUUACACUGCCCUUGGUUUUCUGUUGGUUCGAGCGAGCUGUCUCUCAGCGGUGCAGCCAUUUUGUGUACUGUGUGUGCAGGGGUCUCUGUCCUGUCUCAGCGGGGCAGCCAUUUUGUGUACUGUGUGUGCAGGGGUCUCUGUCCUGUCUCUCAGUGGGGCAGCCAUUUUGUGUACUGUGCGUGCAGGGGUCUGUGUGCCACCACAGGGCUCCAGUCCAGGGUUACAUUUAUCCUUUCUUUUUUAAUUAUGUCGAAAAUUAUAUUUCUUUUACUUUAGAAUUGUACGUUUUGUUUCUGCCCCCCCUUUCUGAUGAUAUUCAUUCUUAUUGCUGAGAUUAAAGACCUGACAAAUUAA